CUUUAUGCACCGAGAAAUAUUUGGGGCAGAGGAGAAUACGGUUUUCUGUGUGUGUGCCAAUUAGAUUAGAAUUGCAAACUGUUGCGCGCUUCUAUCUAACUACCUUUUUUGUGUGUAUUUCUAGUUGUAGUUGCAGUUGUUCUAUUUAGUUAUUUGCUUGUAUAUAUUUUUCUGUACUUGUUUCUCGUUUUAUUUUCGGGGGAAACAAAAUCGAUCUGCUAUGGUGGGAUUAUGCAAAGGGCUGCCGGGGCGGAGCGACGCCAGACGAAGCGUCGCGACGCCCGACCAACAAGUAUUAGGUGAGUGCAUGGAGGCAACAGCGUUGCAUGCGUGCGGGAUCGCGAAAGAAGGGCCAAUUUAUCAGUGGAUCGUGUGAGUGUGUGUUUUGCGUGCGUGUGGAUGGAGUUCAGUGAUGAGACUGGAGCCUCUUGGGAUUUCGGGCGAUGGAUUUCCUGGGUUGUUGCAGCUGGCUGUGUCCUGGUUCUGGAAGUAUGAAGUCCUGCACACCGGACAAGCAGGAGCACAAUACCAAUUCGCAGGCGGCAUCGUCCGGGCCCAAUCCAAGUCCGGGAAGCUCCAAUUCCUGUGACGACGUUCAUCCGCUGCAGAAGAACUGUUACCGUCUUGUAGUUUUAGGUUCCGCGAGAGUAGGAAAGACCAGUUUGGUGUCCAGAUUUUUGGGUGGUAAAUUCCAAGAGAGCUACACCCCCACGAUCGAGGAUUUCCAUAGGAAACUUUAUAGAAUACGCGGGGAGAUCCAUCAGCUGGAUAUACUGGACACGUCUGGAAAUCAUCCGUUCCCGGCAAUGCGGCGGCUCUCUUUCCUCACAGGUGACAUAUUCGUAAUAACGUUCAGCAUGGACAGCAGGGAAACGUUCGAAGAAGCGAUCAGACUCAGAGAGCAAAUAUUGGAAACCAAACUGAGCGCUGGUGCAGCCUCGAGCACAGGUCUGACCAGGAAGAAGACGUUGCCCAGGGUACCCAUGGUCUUGGCAGGAAACAAAUGCGAUAGAGAAAUGAAAACUGUGACAGUAGACGAGGCUAUGGCCUACUGCGAAACCCAGGACUCCAGUUGCGUUUUCGUAGAGACUUCGGCGAAGCGCAAUCUGUAUGUGGAUGAGGUUUUCUACGAGCUGUUCGUUGUAGCCAAUCUUCCUCUGGAGAUGGCCCCGAACCAUCACAAACGAGUGAGCGCCAACUUUGGCUCUCCCUGUCCUCUGCCACCUCCGAUGCCCUCGCACCAUCCGAAGAAGUACACCCUAUCGGUGAAGAGACGCCUGAGCGAUGCCUGCGGAGUGGUGACACCCAAUGUAAGAAGACCCAGCAUUCGUACAGACCUAAUGAUAAUGCGCACGAAAACCUGUAACAUGGGCGACAACAUGUCGAACCCUAAUUCCGGUGCUCUAAAUUGGAGACGCCUCGAACACGAGGAAACGCUCGGGUGUUAAGCGAUAGGCACUGGAUCGGCCGGGUCUCACUCAGGUCCCACCCAGUUUUAAACGACGAAAAUCGGCCGAAUCGAGCGAAACGGAACGUUUACGUUUUUGGCAUUUGUCGUUUGCGUGCAACAGGAGAAGACAUAAAAUUCUGCGGCAAUAAUUUUGAUAAUUGUGUAGUAAGAGAUUACAGGGUCAUUCAAACGUAUAUAGAGUGCGAUCGGAUUCCAAUGUAAUUUGUAUAUAUAUUAAGAAGAAAUGAAGCGAAAAAAAAUAUUAAUAACAACAGCAACAAAA